CCAGGUUGAGGGAUCUGAGAGCGGGCGCCUGCUCAUGUUAACACAGCAUACGUGGCUUCUGUUUCUGCUCAUUGAUCUAGACCCAGAUGUUAAACCAACAGAAGCAGCUGCCUAUUGCAUAAACCCACCCCUGAAAGGACAGCAGACAUCAUUUCCUAUGUGACCGUUAAGCGUUAGCUGCAAAAGACACAGAGGUUCGUAGCUGAAGAGCAGAAGAGAGGAAGUUGUGGCAGGAGCAGCUGGUGAGAGGCUAUGGGUGAGGGCCCCAGCUCCCAGGAGAGAAAGCCGCCCACCACUGACUCACAGCGUAGCAGGAGCUCAUGGCUGACCGGAGGGGCAGCGGCUGCACCAUGCUCCCUUACGUUGUGCCCAGUGGGAACGUCGUGGUCCUCACGCCAAGUGACUUCAGCAUGUCCCGUGCAGAGAAAUCGGAACUUCCCAACCAGGACGACAGGGGCAAGGGGCUGAAGAAUGAGGUCAAAGUUCUGGGGACCCUGCAGGUCCUGGCCGGCAUGAUGAUUAUGAGCUUGGGGAUCACUUUGGGGUGCACUGUCACCAGUCAUCACUUCAGCCCCAUUGUUUCCACCUUAAUGAAAUCAAUGUACCCCUUCAUAGGGGCCAAGUGUUUUAUCGUUUCUGGAUUGCUGUCCCUCAUCUUGGAAAAAAGGUUCAACAAGCACUUGGCCUGGAGCACCCUGGCCAUCAACAUCACGAGCCUGCUCGCCGCGGCGGUCGGCUUCAUCAUCCUCACCUUCAACCUGGCCGCAAUGCCCGCUGCCCGGGAGCGGUGCCUGCAGAAUGCAUCACCCCCACUAGAGGGCUUCUACUACUCGAGAUCUGAGGCCACCAACUGCCUUGUGGUCAGCUCCAUUCUACUGGGCGUGCUGUCCGUGAUGCUCAUCUUCACGGGGCUGGAGUUCACUGUGGCUGUCCCCUCCUCCAUUCUCUGGUGGAAGCAGACCCAUCCCCACGACGAACCCCAGGUAGGUGUGUUGGGCUGGGAGCUCAGGGCUCAGGUGGAGGCGCAGGAGGUGGGUGUGAGAUCUGCAGCAGGUGAGGAAGGCAGACCGAUGAGGGCAGUGGGGGCCGAGAGACACAGCCACUGGGGAGGGCAGGACAGGAAGGGGGCGAUGCCCAGAGGGGACGCCAGGGCCAACCUGACCGGACCUAGAGCACAGCGCCCACCCACCCAACUUGCAGAGGAUGAGUGA